CACAACUCACAUUUACACAUUCCUACAAAAAAAAUCACAAUGACAAAUGAAUCAAGCAGAGAUGGAGGUCUGUGGUGCGAUUUGAAAGAUUUGGACGAUAAUAAAAAAGAGAAGGGAAUUUGUGUUAGAGCCGUUCGGGUUUACGACUUACCCACCCGUGAUGCAAGGCCAAGCACAAUAGAAGUGAUCUUUCAUGACUCAAAGGUAAACACUUUAAUCAUGUACAAUCCACAAUCAAACAAAGUUUAAUAUACAGGCAGACCAAAUUCAUUUUUUUGCAAUAGGGAACAAGGAUUCAUGCACGGAUUAGGAGGCCUGAAAUGAAGAAAUUCAGAGCCAAAAUCAAGGAAGGGGCAGUAUGUGCAUUGAAGAAUUUCAUAGUGAUGCGUAACAAUCAGGAUUACAAGACCACAAACCACCCUUUUACCCUGACUUUCUUUGAAGACACACACUGGAAAGACUUAAGUGCAUACCGAUUUCCAAAAUUCAUGUUUAACUUCUGUCCUUUUGAGAAGUUAUUGGAACCCUUGAGCCAGAAUCUGCUAACUGAUGUGAUAGGAAAAGUAAUUGCAAGGACUGGAAUUCAAAGCCGAUUUGUUCUCGGAGUUCCACAGAGAUUCAUUGAGCUGACUUUGGAAGAUACAAGGGGACAACAACUACGGUGCACUCUUUGGGGAGACUACAUUGAAAAGUUCAAUGAAUCUGUUGGAGCAGGGAUCACAAAUCCUAUUCUAAUCAAGAAGUGUCUAUCUCCACCUCUUUCCAUGACAAAACUAAUCCUAGACAAUGAUUGGGAAGAAGCAAAAGAAUUUAUGAAUGCUUUCAAGAAUGGGGAUGAGGAUAGCAUAUCCACAAGUACUUUCACACUCACCCAAAGUAGUGAAGAUGGGUAUUACUGGAUAAUGGCUGACAUAGUUUCUGUGGAAAACUAUAAGGAUUGGUAUUACUUGGCCUGCAACAACAAAACAUGUAUCCGAAAGGUUUACGUAGAUGGAGAUUGUUUCCGCUGUGAACAGUGUGCAAAAACAAUGACAUUUGUGGAAUACAGGUACAAAGUUACAGUGACUUUGAUGGAUGAGAGCGGACAUGCAACAUUCAUUCUAUGGGAUCGAGAGUGCAAAGAGAUAAUGGGAAUUCCAGCAUCAAGGUUGAGAGACAUCAUGAUCGAGCGCAACGGGGAUGACAAUGACUUUCCGGUGGAAUUAGAACAAGCAGUGCUUUCCAAGAGUGGAUUGUUUAAAACCGUUCUGCGAAAUGCUACAUACUACACAAGGAUCAAGGGGCCAAGAACUUUUGGUGUUUUGAAUAUGGUAACAGACCCAAAGACAAUUGCAAUGUACAAGCCUGCCGUGAAAGAAAGAAAAGAGAUGGACGGAUGGAGUUCUUAUGAAUUUGAAUUUCUCAACAAAGAAGUGAUCUGCUCUGGUGAAAAAGGAAAAGAUAUGAAUGAAAAAGGGAAGCAGAAGAUCACUGAAGUGUAUGAAGAAGAUGAAAUGCAUCAUUCCCUGAAGGAUUCCGGGUCAAGUACCAAGGCAAAGAAGGCUAAACUAUGCAUUGGAUAGGACAGGGUGCCUAAAGUCUUUGAGUCUCCAGUUUCGUGUUGUUCAAAUCAGUGUCGUCUUUAAUAAUCUGUCCAUAAAUAUGUUUGCGUCCU